AUGGGUCUCGACUUUUACUUUUGGAAGUCUUUCCUGGAAAAUAGGCUAAAAGAUGUCAGUGUUUGGCGGGCGAACCUGUACCCUGGGAAGGAGGAAGCCUCAGAAGCUGACAGCGAUCCUCGGCAGGAGGAAGAAGCAGGAAAGAAAUCUCAAGAUGGAAAAUUUCCUAAGGAAAACAAAGGAAAGGAGCAGGCUCAAAUGCGGAAUGAAGAAGCCCACCCUUUUGGAGGUGGUGAAGGCCAGAGGCCUGGAGAAAACAUUCCAGGGGACUGGGUUCCACCUGCCCAGGAUUUUAGAGAGGAUUUGCCCAAUAGGCUUGUCAAUAACAUUGACAUGAUAGAUGGAGAUGCAGAUGAUAUGGAAAGGUUCAUGGAGGAGAUGAGAGAACUAAGGAGGAAAAUUAGGGAGCUUCAGUUGAGGUACAGUCUGCGCAUUCUUAUUGGAGAUCUUCCUCGCCAUGACCAUCAUGAUGAGUUUUGCCUUAUGCCUUGAAUGCUGAGGUUAAUAAUCAUAACCCCCCUGCUUCCCAAAAUUGCAUUUUCUUGUACUUUUUACUACGAACCUUUGGUGUUCCGUCAUUUUUCUGAUUGGAGAUUUCGUUUGUACUUUUGACUUAGUCUGUAAGUUUUUCUGUCAGCGGGGGAGAUUGAUCAACUUGCAUGGGAAGAUGUCUAUUCCAUAUGGUAAAGCUAAUA